AGACCAUACCUAUUGCAGAAACCAUUCCUUAUGAACCAGACAAUUUAGAAGUGCAAGAAAGUAAAAUAGUAGUUCGAAAAGAUUCGAUCCAAUUAACUCAUGACAGAUCGGAGAUAAACUGGCUCGGCAGCAGAAAGUUUUCAGAACUGCAGAAAGACAAGCAAUGUUAUGAGCAGUUAGGGGAAAAAGUUGCAGACCAGUGUGGAAAAAGAGGUUCAAAGAAGAUUGAGGGGCGCAUGCUGGCGGAUAUUCACAUUUAACAAAGAAGCCAGGAGUACUCUAAAAGAGGCUUUCAUUGAUAACUUGCUCUUCGGUGAAGGUCUGACCAAAAAGACAUCAAUCGAUUAGCGGCAGCAUGGCAACAAACGCGAACAAAUUAGUAAAGAAGAUAUCUUUUUCUGCGAAGACUUGCAGAUGUACUAAUCCGAGAUGCGACUGUUACAAUGUAAUUUCAUCAGGAAAUUCAAAUGAAUACAUAGAAUCCAAAACAGCAGUAACGGACCUUGAAGACGAAACAACUUACAUAGGAGGAUCUAUUAGUAGGGAAGUCUCUAAAGAACGUAUGCUGGAUCACGAAAAUGGUAUGAAAGUAAUUUGGUCAACAAAGCCAGGCAAAGAUGAGAAGUCCAUUUUGAUCGAUGAUUCUGCUUCCUUAGCAGCUAGUCAAUUUUUAGAAUACACUACUGCCAUUUAACAACUCAAAGAAAAAUAUUCAAAAUAAAAGCUUCAUGAACUAACUGCA